AUGGCACUAAUAUGGGAGUCUCACGACUCUCUCCCCUACAUCGACCCCGACAUCACGGAUGCCGAGCGCGAGAGAGCCAAAGCUGCGAUUGCUCGACACCUCCCCAAGGACUAUCUCAACACACCUCACCCCUCUCUCGCCCCUCUUCCCGCAGUCAACUUCUCCGAAACAUUCCGUCAAGAAAUCAAUCGGGUAGCUGCGGGUCAGCCCCGCCAGCAAGGGAUAGACGUGUCGCGCUACGAAGCCCCGGACGAGCCGUCGAGUGACAGUGAUCAGGCCACAAUGAAGGAGGUGCUGCGAAACGCGUACAUCUUGACCACUUUCUUGUCAGAUCGACACACCAACCUCCAGCUACUGGACGAAUUUGGCAAGAAUGCUUGGCUUAUCGGCAAUUCGCAGACUGAACAGGUCCUCCAAGUCCUCGAAAGCGAACUUGCCGGGCUUAAAUCUGAGACCGAAAACAUCAACAAAGCGCGGAAAGCUACCCAAGAACAGUCUAAAGGCGAGCUUUUGACUCUUCAGGAAAAUUGGAAGCGAGGAAUAGGCAAAAUUCUUGAGAUCCAGGUCGCUGCAGACCAACUACGGCGACAACUCGGCCAGGGUCAACUGCACCCUGCAACAUGA